AUGACUAACUCAACACACUUCACCUCAUUUAUAUUAGCUGGAUAUAGUGAUAUAGGACAGUUAAAGUACUUUUAUGUAUUCAUAAUAACUGCAUUAUAUAGCUCUAUAUGGUUUUCAAACAUUUUGCUUAUUGUGGUUAUAUGUACAAAGAAAAGCCUUCACAAACCCAUGUAUCUGUUUCUGUGUAGUUUGUUUGUAAAUGACUUGUAUGGAAGCACUGCUUUGUUUCCUGCUGUCAUGACUAAUUUGGUUUCAGAUGACCAUUCAAUUUCCACUUUGUAUUGUUAUCUACAGAUCUUUUGUAUAUAUUCAUAUGCAUCUGUUGAAUUCAGUAAUUUAGCUGUCAUGUCCUAUGACAGGUAUCUUGCUAUAUGUUAUCCACUACAGUAUAAUGUCCUUAUGACACCCAAUAAGGUGUGCAUUUUAGUUUCUGUAAUAUUGUUGGUCCCUUGGGUAAAUGUCAUGGUAAGUCUGUCUUUAACUGUUUGUUUGGAACUGUGUGGAAACAUUAUAGACAAAGUGUACUGUGACAACUACCUUGUUGUGAAACUUGCCUGUUCAACAUCAGACACAGCAGUCAAUAACAUCUAUGGCCUUAUCUCUGCUGUUUCAUUGCUUUCUCUCUCUUUGUUUACAAUUAUUUUCUCUUACAUUAAGAUUCUAUGUAUUUGUUUGAAAUCUUCCAUUGAGACUCGACAAAAAGCGUUCAACACCUGUACUCCUCAUCUGGCAUCGAUGUUUAACUUUUCUUUUGGCUGUUUCUUAACCCUGCUCCAGAGUAGAUUUGAUAGACCUAUGAAAGGUCUUCCAACUGUACUUCAGACAAUUUUAUCAGUGUAUUUCCUGAUGUGCCAGCCACUUUUUAAUCCCAUUGUAUAUGGCGUUAGGAUGUCUAAAAUUAAACAGGCUUGUAGAAACAUUCUACCAGGUCAGCAGCCUAAAUUAUAA